GUUUCCUGCCGCAGGCGGGCAGGCGCUGGGGAGCAGCAGGCGCCUAGCCGAGGGGCAGGUAGGGCUGGGGCGCAGGGGCUGCGCAGGGGCUGCGCAGGGGUGACCGGUGGCCCAGAGCCUGGCCGGACUGCCCUGGGAUCCCCGGUCUUCCCCAGCCAGCGCUGACCACCCUCCCCCCGCCCCUGGUGCCGUCCAGCAAGGGGAGGGGGCCCAGGGAGGGCCCAAGGAGGGCGCAGCUGCCCCCCACCGCCGACUUCCAGGCUGGUGCCCACUGGGCUUCUGCGCCCCUGCUGGCCCAGCCCUCUCCGUGCGCGUGCGGCAGCUCGGCCCUUGAGGGCAGGCGGCGGGGCCGAGCUCUACCCCCGCAGAUGGAGGCCGUCGUCCUCAUCCCCUGCGUGCUGGGCCUCCUGCUGCUGCCUCUGCUGGCCGGAGCGCUGUGUGUCCGCUGCCGGGAGCUGCCCGGCUCUUAUGACACGGCGGCCUCUGAUAGCCUGACCCCAAGCAGCAUCGUGCUCAAACGGCCUCCCACAGUCGUGCCCUGGCCAUCAGCCACCUCCUACGCUCCUGUCACCUCCUACCCAUCCCUGAGCCAGCCGGACCUGCUCCCUAUCCCGAGGUCCCCCCAGCCCCACCACAUGCCGUCUUCCCGGCAGGACUCAGAGGGUGCCAACAGUGUGGCAAGCUAUGAGAACGAGGGUACGUCGGGGGCCCCGGGGGCCCUGCUUGCGGGGAGGCUGGGGCCUGGCCCGGGCCCUGUUGAUCACCGUGUCGCUACCCCAGAGCCCGUCUGUGAGGACGAGGAGGAGGAAGAGGAGGACUAUCACAACGAGGGCUACCUGGAGGUGCUUCCCGAUAGCACGCCAGCCCCCAGCAGCGCUGUCCCACCGGCUUCUGUGCCCAGCAACCCCGGGCUCCGAGACAGCGCCUUCUCCAUGGAGUCGGGGGAGGAUUAUGUGAACGUCCUAGAGAGCGAGGAGAGUGCAGACGUGUCUCUGGAUGGGAGCCGGGAGUAUGUGAACGUGUCCCAGGAGCUGCCGCCCAUGGCUAAGACCGAGCCUGCCAUCCUGAGCUCCCAGAAGGUGGAGGAUGAAGACGACGAAGAGGAAGAGGGAGCUCCAGAUUAUGAGAAUCUGUAGAGGCUUAACUGAGGGUCCGCGCGAAGCCAUGCCUGUCCUGGAACCAACCUCGCCUGGGAGCCCCGAGUUGGGCAGCUGGCAGGACUCGGGGGGGGGGGUCCCAGUGGCCCCCGCCCUGACUCCAGCCUGACAUCCGUCUGAGACUCUCCCCCCUAACUUAUUGUCACUUUGGGGUCCAGCCUCUGUGCCCCCAACACUGCACCUUCUGACGCAGCUGAGAAUGAACUACCCCGGCCCCAGCCCUAUUCUGCAGUAGAAUAAAGGCUGACGUGGUCUGUAA